AUGGCUAUUGUUUCUCUUUUGGACACGGAUCUUUACAAGAUCACUAUGCAGGCGGCUGUUCACAAAAACUUUUUGAGCGUCCCUGUCAAGUAUAAGUACACCAAUAGAACCAAGGCACUCUCACUGAACAAAGAGGCAAUUGCUUGGUUGAAACCGCAAAUUCUGGCUCUGGGGGAUCUUCGCUACUCUAGUGAUGAAAUUGAGUUUUUGAAAACAAAUUACGGCUAUCUACCAGCUGAGUUUUUUGCCUUUCUGAAGGAUUUCAAGUUGGACCCUGAGAAAGAAAUUACCCUCAUAAAUGAGGAUGAUCCCGAAAACUUUGGCCUGGAAAUUGCUGGAACUUGGGUUCAAACAAUUCCUUACGAGAUUCCCCUGCUGAGUUUGAUCUCCGAAGCUUACUUCAAAUUUGUGGACGUCAAUUGGAACUUAGACGGUCAGUUCGAACUGGCUUACGAGAAAUGCAAGACUCUAAUAAGCAAUGGAUGUGCGUUCAGUGAAUUUGGAACCCGGAGAAGGCGGUCUUUUGAGACACAAAAGAUUGUGCUGGAGGGUCUAUUGAAAUGCGCCAAUGACAAUCCAGACUUGAAACAUUUUUUCCUAGGCACUUCUAACGUGUAUUUUGCUAAACAACUAGGACUGACGGCCACUGGAACUGUUGCACACGAGUGGAUGAUGGGAAUAGCUGCCAUCCAUAAUGAUUACAUCAACGCAAACAAGCUUGCAAUGGACUACUGGAUUAAAACAGUGGGCUCAGACCAUGCUGGAUUAGCUCUUACUGACACAUUUGGAACAGAAGCAUUUCUAAGACAUUUCGUCCCUCCUUAUUCGGAUUACUAUAUUGGGGUCAGGCAAGAUUCUGGAGACCCUGAACAGUAUGCCAAGUUGAUAGCAACUCAUUUUUACGAAAAAUUGGGAUUGCCCAAGUAUUCAAAGUCAAUCUGCUUCAGUGAUGCCCUUAAUGUCGAGAAAUGUCUGAGAUAUAAGAAAACAGCAGAGGCUCUCGGCUUGAAAGUAACUUUUGGAAUAGGCACAUGCAUGACCAACGAUUUCAAGAAUUCUCCUCCUCUGAACAUUGUGAUCAAGCUUUUGGAAGCUGAUGGUAAUCAUGCUAUAAAGAUAUCAGACAAUAUCGGGAAGAAUAUGGGGGAUCCUGCCACCGUGAAAAGGGUCAAACAGGAAUUGGGCUACAUAGAAAAAGAUUGGGAAGAGGAUGAGACAAAGAGAUGGAAAUGA